UUUUCCGAAAUUGUGUUUUCUCUGGUGAAACUGAAUCCUCCAGCUGUGAUGUCCCAGGCGCCGCCUCCCUCUGUGCCCCUGCCCUGCCCUGAGCAGUCUGCCGCGCCGUCUGCAGUCCCGAACUACUCUGCAGGUCACCAGCCCUGAAGAUGAAGGUUUGGCUGCUGCUCGGACUUCUGUUGGUGCACGAAGCUCUGGAAGAUGUUGCUGGUCAACAUCUUGCCAAGAACAAGCGUCCAAAGGAGCAAGGAGAAAACAGGAUCAAACCUACCAACAAAAAGGCCAAACCCAAGAUUCCUAAAAUAAAGGACAGGGACUCAGCUGACGCAACAGCAAAGAGCCAGUCUAUCAUGAUGCAAGCAAUGGACAAAGGUCGCUUCCAGAAGCCUGCUGCCACCAUGAGUCUGAUGGCAGGGCAAACUGUAGAGCUCCGAUGUAAAGGAAGCAAAGUGGAGUGGAGUUACCCCGCAUACCUGGACACCUUCAAGGACUCCCGCCUCAGCGUGAAACAAAAUCAACGCUAUGGACAACUGACUCUGGUCAACUCUACUGCAGCCGACACGGGUGAAUUCAGCUGCUGGGAGCUACUGUGCAAUGGCUACAUCUGCAGAAGGGACGAGACCAGAACAGGAUCCACCUAUAUCUUCUUCGCAGAGAAAGGAGAGCUGUUUGUCCCUUCUCCCAGUUACUUUGAUGUCGUCUACCUAAACCGGAACAGACAGGCUGUGGUUCCUUGCAGAGUGACAGCGCCAUCAGCCAAAGUCACGCUUCACAGGGAGUUUCCCGCCAGAGAAAUCCCUGCCAAUGGGACAGACAUUAUUUAUGACGUGAAGAGAGGCUUUGUGUACCUCGAGCCUCAUUCUGAUCACCAGGGGGUGGUCUACUGCAAAGCCCAAGCUGGGGACAAGUCUCAGAUCUCCGUCAAGUACCAGCUGCUCUAUGUAGAGGUUCCCAGUGGCCCUCCAUCAACCACCAUCGUGGCCUCUUCCAACAAAGUGAAAGGCGGGGAUGACAUCAGUGUACUCUGUACUGUCCUGGGGGAGCCUGAUGUUGAGGUAGAAUUCCGAUGGAUCUUUCCUGGACAGAAGGAUGAGAGGCCUGUGACCAUUCAAGACACUUGGAGACUGAUCCACAGAGGGCUGGGACAUACCACAAGAAUCUCCCAGAGUGUCAUUACCAUUGAAGACUUUGAGACCAUUGAUGCAGGCUAUUACAUAUGCACGGCUCAGAAUCUCCAGGGACAGACUACAGUAGCUACCACUGUUGAGUUUUCCUGACUUGGAAAGGCAAGUACAGUGAACUGAUGGGAUGCCCAUCUACAUACACAGCUUCAAGGUGCUUUUGGGGGUGUGUGCGCGUGUGUGCGUGCUUUGUGGGAGGCCAACCUCUGCCUGUGGGUCAGACAGACAUCCAAAUUAAAAGGAAGUCAUUAGUCUAUUAACAGUGUUAACUUUUCUGUUCUUUAACAGAAAGUGUGAAUUUUGAUUACUUACAGACAUGUUUCUAGUUUUUUAUACCAAGAAAACAUGUCAACUUUGUAUUAAUCACUUAUAAAAAAAAUUAAAUAAUAAA